AGGAGAUGACCAGAGACUGCGGACACGGUACAGGAGAUGACCAGAGACUGCGGGCACGGUACAGGAGAUGACCAGAGACUGCGGACACGGUACAGGGGAUGACCAGAGACUGCGGACACAGUACAGGCGAUGACCAGAGACUGCGGACACAGUACAGGGGAUGACCAGAGACUGCGGACACAGUACAGGAGAUGACCAGAGACUGCGGACAUAGUACAGGAGAUGACCAGAGACUGCGGACACAGUACAGGAGAUGACCAGAGACUGCUGCGGACAGUACAGGAGAUGACCAGAGACUGCAGACAUAGUACAAGAGAUGACCAGAGACUGUGGACAGUACAGGAGAUGACUGCUGACCUUUGGGGAGGGGGGGAGCGGGUACCUGAUUCUGCGGAG